AUGCCACAUCGGCCGUCGCGUGGUGCCAUCAGCCGGGUCGCCUUACUUGCUGCAUACAGCAGGGCGGGUAAGCGAAAACAGGCUACUGCUGACGCCUCCCUUCUUUCUCCUUCACAUACUUUUUCUUCCCCCUCUCCCCACCCCAUUAAUAACUCUCUCCUUGUAGGCCCAGCACUUAGGACUGAUGACUCCGUUCGUCAUGCAUCGGUUUUGCAUGCAGCAUCUGCUCGUCGCAUGGUGCCGACAUCUUCAGGAAUCUCCAAAUCAAAAGUUAUUCAACUUUCCAACGAAAACGUUCUCACAAGGCUAACUGACCUACAACUGAGGCUGAUCAUAAUUGGUCUGUUUCUCGUUCGCGCACUGAUCAUGGAGAUUCUACUCGAACCGCAGCACCUGGGUUUCGAGGCAAAACCCUUGAUGACGGAAGAGGAAAAUUUUAGAAUCCUGGCCUCGAUUUUCGUCUAUGUAUAUCGAAUAAUUGUACACGAUUCGGAGCUGAGAAUGACCAGGAAGUUUGGACUAAAGUUUCGGCCGGUG